AUAUGUAGCAAUUACCUCAGUCGGACACAUUUUACUCUUUUUUUUUUAACCUGAUAUGUAUAAUUGAGGGGGGGGGACUAACUGGUGUGUGUGUGGUAGGCAAUGGAUUUCAAGCCCAACUUUGUGUUGAUGUCGCCCGGCAUGAAGCACUUACGGCUGCAGUGCACGGCUCAGGCAACAAAGCUGGCCCAAGCACACAGAGCGAAACCCGCAGCUACCACCUGCAAGAGCGCUUCCGUGGUGAAGGAGGAGGCCGUGGCCCGCAUCGUUAAAGGCGGCGGAGACCCCGAGUGCUGGCAACUGGUGCUCAGCGAGAUGACGCUCCAGUUUGGCCAGUACCGGGGCCAAACAUUCAAAUGGCUCCUUGAGAACGAUGUGGGCUACUGUGCCAUGGUCGUGGCUUCCCACCAGAAGGAGCGCGACAACGGCGACACGUCGCAGUCACCCCUGGCGACGAAUAAAGAUUCCCUGGCAUUGUACGCGCACGUCUUCCCGGAGAUGGCCGCUGUCGUGCGGCAUCGGCUGAUGGUCAUGGGAGCACCGUUGGUCAGGGAGCUGGAUGAGCAACCGCUGAGAAUGGGACAUUUCCCCGACGAAACCUACCGUUCUCUCUAUGAGUCAGCUGAUGAGCGGCAUCGAGCGUAUGUUUGUCGUAUACGCGCAGGGAAACCUGGUCUGGCUGGCUCAUUCUUCCACACCCUGAACUCCUACAUCGUUGGGAGAGACAAUGAGGCAAAUUACAAAAGCCCUCAUCCAGUCCAAAGUGAGCGGGUGUCGGUCAAAAGUGAGCGGGUGUCGGCACGGCCUGAGCCAUCGGACGACGACGUCCUUGCAGCUGUCAUAGAGGUGGAGUCUCAGCAGCCGUCGUCGUCCCAGGCUUCCACUUCGUCUGCCGUCACAUCGCCCGUCCCUGCAACUCGCCCUCCCCCCUUGGUCUGGGCCCGUGGCGACACGGUGCCACAGCUGCCGGCGCCAAAGCAGAGCGUGCUCCCAAAGGGCUGGCUCAACACACUACCCGAGAGCGAGCACGCGUGGGUAGGCCGAGCGCUGUUCGAGAGAACGGCCGGUGGCAGAGCGGUCCUCACCACCAACCUCAAGCUGUGGUGGGAGCCCCCGAGCCCGCCCGCCUAUUUAACGCAGCCCCCCGCUUCAAACAGGCAGUUCUUCCACUCGAGUUUCUUCUUGUGGGCGCCGUACAAGAUGUGGGGGGUGAAACUGGCCUGCCCCGAUUCCAAAUGCGGCCACGACCGCCUGACCGGGGGGGGGCUGUACAGGACCGUUCGCCGGGUGCUGGAUCUGAGGGGCUGGUACUUCAUGGGCACAGAGAGCCUCGAGUGCCUCAAGUGCAACAAGAAGAUCUCGGCCUGGGAUAAGAGCAUCCGGAAGCAACUGCACAUCUCCAAGCAGUUGCUUUUCCCGGCAAUCAUGACUUACCAGCUGGCUUGCGACAAAGCGGUCAUCUCUCUGAUGAGGGCGCGCUCGCUGGGCAACAGUGCCACCCAGUUGCGCCGUGUGCUGACGGAGAUCCACAGUGAGGAGUGGAUGGCCAGGUGCACCAGCUACCUGUCCAUCCUCACGCAGCUGGGUGUCCCGGUCAGCGGGCGGGACGAAAUCCCGCCCAUGCGCUCGCUCCCCCUCGUGCCCUGGUUCCUCGCGGCCUACGUGAGGGACGUGCUCCCCCGCCUGGAGGACAACAAGGGCCGUCUCACCUCCAUCUUUGGAAACAUCCUGAAGAUGGACUCCACCAAGAAGUUGACCAAGAAGCUGGCAGGGGAAUCCGCCGGGACGGCCGCCUGGGUGACCAACGUGGGCAAUGAGUACGGGCAGGUGCUCAUGUCCGUGCUCACGGCCGCGGAGGGAGAGGGCCUUUCGGCCAUGGCGGACGGACUGGUCCGGCGGUACGGGGACGCGGGAAAGCCACCCCCGGAGGUGUUGUACGUCGACCGUGACUGUUGCUCCGUCGCCGGGAAGAGCAAAAUCCAUGACACCUUUGGCCAGUGGGACCGGUUGGUGGUCCGCCUCGACGUGUGGCACCUCAUGCGUCGCAUUGCCAGGGGCGUCAGUACGGACGCGCACCUCCUCUAUGGGCCCUUCAUGGCCCGGCUCGCCUCGGCCAUGUUCGAGUGGGAUGAGCGAGACCUCGAGAGGCUGAGGGCGGCCAAGCAGGCAGCGCAGGGCGGCGGCCACAUCACCCUGAAGCCCAAGGAGCUGGAGCGACAUUGUCGCCGCCGCACCAGGGGGGCGGAGGAGACCGAGAGGCUAGUCCAGGAGGUGCUUGACCACUUUUGGGAUGCCAAGGACACGAUGGGCAACCCUCUCAUCUACCGGGAGCGUAUGACGGAGAUCUGGAGGACGCAGCGUCGCCACAUGCGCUGCAUCCAGGACCCGCCGGGUGUGGCCCUCUACACCAAAACCGGGGAGGUCAAGAAAGGCGGGGUCACGCUCCCGGUGUUCCGCUGCGCGCGGGGGUCCUCCUCCCUGGAGUCCUUCCACCUCCAUCAGUGCCGAUUCAUUCCGGGCACAUCGGCCAACGCCCUCCACUUUCAGGUGUACCUGCUGGAGGGCUUGACCCAGUGGAACGAGGACAGGGGCAGGGCGGCCGUGGUGGGAGGCGGCAGUGAGGAGGUACGCUGCUAUAACGCGCGUGUGGUGGAUGCCUUCCAGGAGGUGGUGCGGAUGCGCCGGAUCUCCUCCCCCUUGCGCAAUUACACCCCGCCGGGGAAAUACACGGGGGAGCUCAUCGGGGUGGAGUACCUGCUAGCGCAGACCGGCGCCGUGCUCCAAUCCUGUCCGGGAGGAGAGGGGGAACACGGGGACGACUGGCAAGACCAGGUGACGGACGGGCAGGCACACAAGGAGGAGGAGGAGGAGGAAGACGAGGGGCUGGAACUCCACCGCCUGUUGGCCAUGUCGGCACUGACCGAGGGUCUCCAAGGAGAUGAGCCGGGGCAGGAGCGGGGAGCGCAAGAGGAGGAGAAGGAGGAGGAGGAUGUCGUGGGACCGGACGGCCGAGGGGGCUACCAGCACGUCUGCCGGCUGGCCGACGCGCUGGUGCAGCUGCGCGUCAACGCUUUCGUGAAACCGUCUCAGGUGUCGCGGAUAAAAGACCUGUGGGAGAAGCUUCCCGACCACGACAAGGGUCCUCCCCAGGCCCCCCCGCCGCGCCGUAAGCCGAUGGUCCAGGGCCGCUUCAAGAACUCCAAGGGUCGCCACGUGCCGAGCAUGGAGGCUGCCAAACGUCUCUUUAUCGGGAAGGGGAAUGAAGUGGCACGCUCUCCAGGUGCCAGCAGGCUUGUGGAGGCCAUCUUCUCGGACCUGUCCAACAUCCACACCCAGGGCCACAGCCUCGCCGGUGUGCGCAUCAGUCGCUGGGGCCUGGUCAUGCGUGACUACAGCCGGAUCAGGGACCUGUGCAGGACCAGAGAGCUCCUGGCCGCAGCCCCCGUCCACCUUUUUGCGGUUAACCACCGGACCCUUACUCAGUGGCACAGCCAGAGAAGCAAGCACGACAGCGCGCAAGCAAUGUGCGUGGCGAUCCCGGCCCCCAGCAGUAAAGCGGCGACUGCGGACGCGCUGGCUGAGGCCAGGCCUCUGAUGAAUCAGCAGCCCCUGGGGGAGGCGGCUUUCGAGCACCCGGUGGAUAGCUCCGGUACAGCGGUGACUCACAGGGGUCCCGUCCUGCCAGAUCUUUUCAUGGCACUGCCCGCGCCCCAAGGCGAGCGCUCCACCCCUUUGCCGGCCGCCUCCACGCCUUUGCCGGCCGCCUCCACCCCUUUGCCGUCCGCCUCUGCCAGUCCCGGAGCCUCCACUUCGGCGCCGGCCCCGACUCCGCCGUCCGGCAAGAGGGGCCUAAUCGGGUGUGAGGUCGCGCACCGGGUGAGGGCGCCGAAGGUCGCUCAUUUCCGCUGCAAGCGCUGCGGCAACCCCAAAACCAAGGAGUAUGGCCAUAGCCGCUACAGGAGCGAGCACUUUUGCGCAAUGGCGGAGGGUCGUACGGUGGACGAGUGGCUGGAAGAGAAGAGGAGCCAGGACACGGACAGAAAGGUGAUCUCACUUUAUGUUCUGCCGUCUCCCCGUCCCUUUUCGGCAGGCCUGAGAUGUCGGCGUCGGGCGGGUGUCAAGCUCUCCACUUGCUCCUUCUUUUUGAGAGCUGCUCUUGACAGCUUCCUGGCAGCCCGUGCCACCUUCACACUUGUUGCUUCGUUGUUGUCACUGCUCACUCUUGCUUUGUUUUGGCACCCAACCGACUGGUACUUAACAUGACGAUUCGAUGUGACCUCCCGCGGAGCGGACCCGCACCCCCACGCUUACCGCCGUGCGCUCAGCCCCGGCCUGCCCCUCCCCGACUGCGUCGUUUGCUUCCGGCACCCCCCGACGACGGCCCCGCUGCUCCGACGGCCGAGGGAGGUGGCCCCCCGCCACCCCCCCCCAAACUAACGACCAAGGGCAGCUGCCCCAACGAUCGAGGGAGAUAGCACUUGAAAAGCACCACUUGACCUUCCCCCCUACCCAUGCACUUUAAAUAAAUAGCUCCCACUUCUUGCACUCGGCUUCAUUUCUCUCAGCGGCCAGCCAACCAACCAGACAUGGCGUCCAUGGAGCAGCAAGGGGUCAGCGGUUCAUCGUCUGCCGCAACCGCGAGCACCCCCAUCGUUUGCAUGGAGUGCCGAGGAAAAUGCGAUGCGUGCGGUGGUCUGAUCACGAGCAGGAGGAGGAGGAGGAGGAGGUACCGUGCCAUCGGCGAGCCCGACGGCAGCGGUGAUACGCCCGCCAGGUGUACCGUUCGCAGGAGGAAAAACAGAGCCUUGCAGGACCAGCAGCUACUCGAUACCAACGAACAAUUCACAUGGGGCAGCGAACCUGGGCAGGAAUGCCUGUGGUGUGGCGAGGCUCGUACUUUGGCGGGGGGGCAUGCUUUUUACAAAGGCAGCUAUUUCUGCCAAUCAAACGAAGAUUGUAUGGAGGACGGCGAGGUGAACAUUUCAGCAUGGCUGCAAAAGCAGUUGUCUGCGCUGCCGCCAAAAGAUCCCCGUACCACUGCGUGGCGGCAACGCAAACACCAGACCGAGGGGCGGGAGCAGUUGACAGAGCGGAAAGCCAGAAAGUGCGGAAAGUGUGGCCACCCGCAACAGGCGGUGUACGGUCACACUUCCUUCAUGAGCAAAGUGCCCAAGAAGACUCUCCGAACCUUCUGCACAC